AAAUGUAGUCCCUCGGGGCGGCCCGGGGCGGUGGCUGCACGUCCCGCGUACCGGGUGGCUGAUCAGGCGUGGACCGGGGAUGGCUGGGCCGGGGGGCUCGGGAGGCCCGAUCGGGGCCGGGGCCCUGGCGGGCAGCGCACGGUCCAAGGUAGCCCCGAGCGUGGACUUUGACCACAGCUGCUCUGACAGUGUUGAGUACCUGACACUCAACUUCGGGCCCUUCGAGACAGUGCAUCGUUGGCGGCGCCUCCCGCCCUGCGACGAGUUCGUGGGGGCCCGGCGCAGCAAGCACACAGUGGUGGCCUAUAAAGAUGCCAUCUAUGUAUUUGGUGGAGACAAUGGGAAGACCAUGCUCAAUGACCUCCUGCGGUUCGACGUGAAGGACUGCUCCUGGUGCAGGGCCUUCACCACUGGCACCCCACCAGCCCCCCGCUACCACCACUCAGCCGUUGUCUACGGAAGCAGCAUGUUUGUCUUUGGGGGCUACACUGGGGACAUUUAUUCCAAUUCUAACCUGAAGAAUAAAAACGACCUUUUUGAAUAUAAGUUUGCAACUGGCCAGUGGACAGAGUGGAAAAUUGAAGGACGGUUGCCAGUCGCUAGGUCUGCCCACGGCGCCACGGUGUACAGCGACAAGCUGUGGAUCUUUGCUGGCUAUGACGGCAAUGCCAGGUUGAAUGACAUGUGGACCAUUGGCCUCCAAGACCGGGAGCUCACAUGCUGGGAGGAGGUGGCCCAGAGCGGCGAGAUCCCGCCCUCCUGCUGCAACUUCCCAGUGGCCGUGUGCCGCGACAAGAUGUUUGUGUUCUCAGGGCAGAGCGGAGCCAAGAUAACCAACAACCUCUUCCAGUUUGAAUUCAAGGACAAGACGUGGACCCGCAUCCCCACCGAGCACCUGCUUCGUGGCUCCCCACCGCCCCCCCAGCGGCGCUAUGGGCACACCAUGGUGGCCUUUGACCGCCACCUCUACGUGUUUGGGGGCGCAGCGGACAACACGCUGCCUAACGAGCUGCACUGCUAUGAUGUGGACUUCCAGACCUGGGAGGUGGUCCAGCCCAGCUCGGACAGCGAGGUCGGCGGGGCUGAGGUGCCCGAGCGAGCAUCGGCGUCCGAGGAGGCGCCUGCGCUGCCCUCCGAGGAGCGGGGCGGCUUCAAGAAGUCCCGGGAUGUGUUCGGACUGGACUUCGGCACCAGCACGGCCAAGCAGCCCGGCCCGCCGGCCUCCGAGCUGCCCAGCGGAAGGCUCUUCCAUGCGGCCGCUGUGAUCUCAGACGCCAUGUACAUCUUCGGGGGGACCGUGGACAACAACAUCCGGAGCGGGGAGAUGUACAGGUUCCAGUUCUCCUGUUACCCCAAGUGCACGCUGCAUGAGGACUACGGGCGGCUGUGGGAGAGCCGCCAGUUCUGCGACGUGGAGUUUGUGCUGGGUGAGAAGGAGGAGUGCGUGCAGGGCCACGUGGCCAUCGUCACGGCGCGGAGCCGCUGGCUGCGCAGGAAGAUCGUGCAGGCGCGGGAGCGGCUGGGCCAGAAGCUAGAAGAGGAGGCAGGCCCGGCUCCCAGGGAAGUCCCUGCUGGGGCCGUGGGGGGGGCCCGGCUGCCCCUGCUGCGCGUGGCCAUCCGCGAGGCCGAGGCCCGGCCCUUCGAGGUGCUCAUGCAGUUCCUCUACACGGACAAGAUCAAGUACCCGCGGAAAGGCCACGUGGAGGACGUGCUGCUCAUCAUGGACGUGUACAAGUUGGCUCUGAGCUUCCAGCUGUGCCGCCUGGAGCAGCUGUGCCGCCAGUACAUCGAGGCCUCUGUGGACCUGCAGAACGUGCUGGUCGUGUGUGAGAGCGCUGCCAGGCUGCAGCUGGGCCAGCUGAAGGAGCACUGCCUGAACUUCGUGGUGAAGGAGUCCCACUUCAACCAGGUGAUCAUGAUGAAGGAGUUCGAGCGCCUCUCCUCCCCACUGAUCGUGGAGAUCGUUCGGCGGAAGCAGCAGCCGCCUCCCCGCGCCCCCUCAGAGCAGCCCGUGGACAUCGGCACGUCUCUGAUCCAGGACAUGAAGGCGUACCUGGAGGGAGCAGGUGCGGAGUUCUGUGACAUCACUCUGCUGCUGGAUGGGCACCCGAGACCGGCCCACAAGGCCAUCCUGGCCGCUCGCUCCAGCUACUUUGAGGCCAUGUUCCGGUCCUUCAUGCCGGAGGACGGCCAGGUGAACAUCUCCAUCGGGGAGAUGGUGCCCAGCAGGCAGGCCUUUGAGUCCAUGCUGCGCUACAUCUACUACGGGGAGGUCAACAUGCCGCCGGAGGACUCUCUCUACCUGUUUGCGGCCCCCUACUAUUACGGCUUCUACAACAACCGGCUGCAAGCGUACUGCAAGCAGAACCUGGAGAUGAACGUGACUGUGCAGAACGUACUGCAGAUCCUGGAGGCGGCCGACAAGACGCAGGCCCUGGACAUGAAGCGGCACUGCCUGCACAUCAUCGUGCACCAGUUCACCAAGGUUUCCAAGCUGCCCACGCUGCGCUCGCUGAGUCAGCAGCUGCUGCUCGACAUCAUAGACUCGCUGGCCUCCCACAUCUCCGACAAGCAGUGCGCAGAGCUGGGCGCCGACAUAUGAGGGUGCACAUGGCGCCAACCCCCUCCCCCCUGAGGAGCACGACCGUGCCGGCCCCUGCCCCACCUGCCACAGAUGAUGCUGGCAACGCCGAGGCCUGAGGCAGAGUCGUCGGGCCUGCCAGCCACGGGGCAGGGGGCCCAGAGCCUCUGAAGGGAGAGGGGCCACAGGGUUCUGAGCGCCCCCUUUCACUGCUGAGGACACACAGGUCCCAUGGGGAGCAGAUGGUGAGACAGGCCCCCAGGCAGGACCCUCUCCCCAGCUGGAGGUAUGGGUGGGAAGGCAGGGCCCAGCAGUGGGAGCCCACCCAGCAGGGACUGUCCCCGGCUUGUCCAUCUGGCCACUGAUCCUACUGCCAAGGCCCGUCUGACCUGGGGGAUACACAGUACCCCCUCACCUUCACUGAGGUUGCUGCAAGGGCCCCUAUGAUCACCCAGAGCUUGUGGGUGAGCAGAUGGAAUCGGACUCUGGGUGAGCUUUGGGGUGUGGAGGAUCGUGAGUCAGUUCCUAGCCUGAGAGGUUAGCCAUUCUGGCCUAGACUUGGCUUCCAGAGGGGUUGUAGGAUCCCACCCCACUGUGUGCACAUCAGGGGCCCCCAGCUGUGCCAGGAAGAAGUCAGGGAAGGUGCCCCCUAGGUCCCCAUCUGUUCCUAAGUAUUUAUUUUUUGUCCUAGACAUGCCAUAAGACGACAGUAGUGCUAACCCACUACACACACCUCACGGGUAUGGUCCCUCCCUGAGCGGAGGAUCGAUCAUGUAGUCCCAAGUGCUUGCAACCAGCCAGUCCUGUCCAGUUCUCCAUGUCAGCAGCUCCCAGCCCCAUCUGGGGUGACCCAGUCAUGGGAAGGGGAGGGUGUGGUGGGAAUCCAGGCUAGCCCCUUCCCUCCUGAGGGGAACCUUGAGGUCCCCAGGCCACCUUGCUCCUGCACUGCAGGCUCCUGCCUAGGCUGGGGCGCUAAGGACUGGCCACUGCAUCCUUCCCCUCCCCCAGCAGAAGGCCCUGUGAGCCCACCCUAACACAGAAAGCACUCUUCUGCCUCCUUUCUGGCACCAAGAACCCCAGGGACUCUUCUGUCCUGGCUACCAGGAAGCUACGUCUGGGGACAUGGCACCUACCAUUCCCCAGCCCUUCCUGAACACGGGCAGGUGUCGUGUAUAGACAGAUGGGAGCCCCAGCGACAGGUGGGCACCCUCAGGCUAGGGGAGUGCAUAAGGCCGCAAGCUAGGAAAUGACCUGGCACAAGAUGAGCUUCUGGGGGCCUGGAAACUCCAGGAAGCAUCUGCAAACCCUGCCCUACAGUGGACCCUGUAACCGGUCGCUUGAUUCUCCUAAACAUGAAUAAAUGAACUUACACACCGAG